AUGUGUGUAAACAAACAUGACAUCAUUGGCCAACUAGGUAUCCCAGGGCAAUAUAUCAACGACACCAACAACCAUAAUAACAAAUCUAUAAGACAGGCUAUUGCAUUUGUUAGCAUUUUAUUGCCCACACAAGAAAUUUCUCCUGCUUCUUUAACUAUGGAAAUUAACCCCAAAUCCAAGAUCAAAGUCCAAACACACAGACGCCAUGCUAGAACUUCCCUGACGAACCAUUUAUUCGAAGCCAGCCUUUCUCGAGACAGCGAGAGAAGAUGACUGAAAUUCCGCACACUGGAUAGGAAAGAAAAGGAGAACAGACUAUGUGACAGAGGAAACCCAAAGACAAUAUAUAUAUCUGCCAGGAAACUCCCCUUCCGAUUAGCAAAGAAGAAGUAAAAGGCAACGGACAGAAAUGUCCCGAGCGCACAUACAAGUGUGAGUGUAGGUGUAUAUCC